GGGGCCGCGCGCGCCUGCGUGCCUCGGGAUACGACGGGAGCGUGAGGGAAGGGGCGGAGGGAAGCGGAGAGGCCUCCCCGGAGGAGGAUGGUCCCCGCCGUGGGGCUGCAGCUGCUGAGCCCGCCCUGUCCCCCGUCGAUCCUCCUCUCUCAAACCAUGCCAGAGAUGACUGAAAAAACGCCCUUGAAGAAGCCACACCGAAAGAAAAACCGCGAGACACACAAUGCAGUGGAGCGGCACCGGAAGAAGAAGAUCAAUGCUGGAAUAAACAGAAUCAGCGAGCUCAUUCCAUGUUCCCCAGCAUUGAAACAGAGCAAGAUCAUGAUUCUCGAUCAAGCGUAUAAGUAUAUAACGGAAAUGAAGAGGCAGAAUGAUGAGCUCCUGUUGAAUGGAGGGAACCAGGAGCAAGCGGAAGAAAUAAAGAAGCUCCGGGCACAACUGGACGACCUUCAGAAAGAAAAUGCACGCUACAUCGCGCUGUUGAAAGCCAAUGACAUUUGCCUUUACGACGAUCCCACCAUCCACUGGAAAGGGAAUCUUAAAAAUGCAAAAGUUUCCGUUGUUAUCCCCAGCGAUCAGGUGCAAAAAAAGAAAGGAAACCUCAGCAAUGCGAAAGUCUCGGUUGUCAUCCCCAGCGAUCAGGUGCAGAAGAAUAUCAUUGUCUAUUCCAAUGGCAGUCAACUGGGUGGAAAUAACCAGGGGGCGUCAGUCCAAGGAAUAACCUUUAACAUCAGUCAUAACUUACCAAAGCAAACGGCUAACGUUGUUCCCGUCCAGAGAACUUGCAAUCUCGUCACUCCUGUCACCCUUUCUGGUAUCUACUCUACAGAAAUCAAGUCGGGGGUUGAGACUUCAGUUCCACCGUUGACACCGUGUCUACCAAAUUUAGCCAAGAAAAUUCUUGAGCCCUCUACCUCUGAGAACGAGCAGCGUGCGCUUACAGCCCCCAGCGCUGCUAGCUCCCAGAAUGCAUUAGAACCCGCAAAGAUAUCCCCUGGAAUUCGGAACUCGCUGCAAGGUGAAGUUGCCAUCACCAAACCUAAAAAUGGACAAGAGAGUUCCAGGUUACUCAAGGAAACAGGUGUGCCCAACAGCAUCCUUUCCUCCCUUGCUAAUGCAGACAUUCCACGUACUGAGCUGGCAACGGUGACCCCCAAAGAAGAUUCAAGAAAUACGUCCCAGGAAAACUGUGAUGUUUCUGUACCUGAUCUCACUUGUAUUCCAUCUGCCAGGUUGUCCGUCGUCGAUGGCUUUCCAUCAGGAACCAUCUGCAAGAGUUCAGAUGGGAGAAGCGGCGACGGAGCGCCAGGAACAUCUGCCAUGGAAAUGGCGAAGGCCGUAACUGACCUCAACCCUUUGCCUGCCACCACUUUAGAAAAGUGGCCGUUUACCAGCUCUCCAGCUAUUGGCACGGCAGGCUCCAAAAACAUUGGUAGCCUGGCCCGCUUCACCUCGGCCGGGAACACCCAGACCACGUGGACUACUUUGCAACUCGCGGGGAAUACCGUCCAGCCUCUAAACCACACUCCGUCCAGUGUAACGGCAGGCUUGUUAAACGAGCCCGUUAACACAGCUGGCACUACAGCUUGCAUUCCUAAUAGAUGCAUGGCCACCAGCGCCAGUUUGAGUAACCCUCCACCAGCGGACGAACAAACACCUGAGCAAAUUGUAGUCACUUUGCCUUCCUGCCCAGCCUUACCUAUGCAGCCACUCGUCGCAAAGACGCAGGUUCUUGCCCAGCUCGCAGGCAGCCUUCUGCCAUUGAAUCCUGCUAUGCAGGUGAUCCAGAUGGCCCAGCCAGUGGGUACGGCUGUCGCCGCCUCGCCCGCCAAUCAAAAUGUCAUCAUUCUCCAGCCUCCCAGUGCUACCCCUUGUCCGCCUGUGUUGAGAGCUGAGGUCCCCAACCAAACCGUUAGUCAACAGAUUGUAAUUAUACAGACUGCUAACCAGAACCCUCUCUCCCUCUUUUCUGCCCCGCCGCCUCCCCCACCUCCUGUUCGGGUGCCCGUGAACGGCGUGUCUCCUGCAGGAAGCACUAGCAACUCGAUCCCAAAUGCUACCGGUCCUCACAUGUUUGGUGGUAAGCAUCUUGUCCACAUUUUACCCAGGCCGUCUUCUUCACCGUCUUCUAGCACAACGCAAACGUCUUCUGUUACAGCGUCAAAUACCCAGCAGCUUCCUCAGACGGUUUCUCUGAAUGGGCAGUUGUUCGCUCUGAAGCCCGUCAAGUCCUGUUCCGGAGCUUCAGACCAAGCCCCUAUGCAAAUAAUCCAGCCUACCACCUGUGAGGAUCCCAAUACCAAUGUUGCCCUCAAUACAUUUGGUGCUCUAGCUAACCUCAAUCAAAGCAUAUCUCAAAUGGCCGGGCAGAGCUGCCUGCAGCUGUCCGUCAGUCAGCCCACCAAUCAGACCACCAUUGCCAGCAGCCAAGCUGCACCAAACAACUGCGUUCUGCUGGCAGCGACCACCACCGCGUCCUCUUCGACAACGGAGAACAGUCUUUUAACCAGUGUUCCACAUCCGGCGGAUGAUUCCCAGCAAAAAUCUUCUGGGGAUUUACUCUCUGGUUUGGGCCCAAAGCGGGCUAAUAAAAAAACAAGCUCUAAAAAAUGCUUAGGUGCCGGCGUCAGCCUGGCAUGUCAGACUAAUCCUUGCAGCAAAGAUUUCAAGAAGCUUGAUGGCGGGGCUGUGGAAGCAACAAGUGAGCACUCGGCAAGCAACCUCUUGCUUGAAAACAUGCCUGCCAGUGUGGUAGCGCAAAGCUUAGCUCUGCCACAGUUCAGCAACAGGGGGGCACCAAACGAUGCAAGCGCUUCUGAAUCUCAGCCCAAAGAGAGAGCUGAACAUUGUGUAGGAUCCGAGCCAGCACCUGAUCUGAACGCAGCUGCCGUGCCUAGAUCAUCAGCUCCAGAAUCAGUCUUGCCGGGGCAGUUCACGGUGGCGGCUCCGGAUUCCCAAGACACUGUGUCUCCGUCGCUUCAAGCGAGUAGAUCUCAGACGAAUAACUCAGCAACAGAUUCUCAGUUAGCCGAGCCACCCCAAUGUAUCUCCUCCAGCCCUUCAACAUUUUCUGGCUUGCCUACGACAUCAUCUCAGAUCUCUGGGUUGUCGGUUGCAAAUAACGGGGCAUCUGUCGAGAGCAUUCCUGGAGCAGAAACUUCAGGGGACUGCAGGGCAGGGCAAGAUUGCUCUGUUGUCAUUCAAGCCACAGAUUUGCUCGAAGGUCAAGGUCUCACCAAGAUGCUUUCUGAACUCAGUAAAGAAGGAGAAGCUGUACAAAAAACCUUCCCAGUCCGAAUUGCGCACCCUGAUUUCUCUGGCCAGAGCGCUAAACCAGUUCUAGACUCCAGUGAUGAUUUGGUGGGGAAACAAGAGGAACUCUUACUGAUGAGUACCGAAGGGGAAAAUCUUACACAAUCUCAUUCCUGCUCGUCUGAGCCAGAAGGAGGAAUUGCCAACAGGCAGGCAGACUCGCCCAUGUCAACCAGCUCGGGGAGCAGCUGUGGCUUCUCUGUGGCAUCCAUGUUGCCCGACACAUGUCGGGAGAACGUUCCCAGCAGCACCUCCGUAAAUACAUGUAACAGCUGCACAUUUUCUGAGCAAACAGAUAUUGUAGCUCUAGCGGCAAGAGCCAUUUUUGAUCAAGAGACCCUUGUGAAAGGUGCGGGAGCUAUGACCCAGAGUGCUGCUCCCAAGGGUGAGGACGUAGCAUCUCUAGGACAAGAAAAACCUUUCAAGUCACACACAGUUAAAGAAGCUGCCCAGAUAGAAACAGCACCGAGCAGUUUUGGCAGCCAGAAUUCAGCACAGAUGAACAUUGAUAGAUCAGCUGAGAAACAGAGCUGUUCUCUGAGAGUAGAAAUGUCCAGUGCAAAUUUGCUACCCUCCCAGUCUUCGAGUGCAUCGAGCUUGAGUGUCAAUAACCUCAUCCAUCAAAGCUGCAUCAUCCACCCGGCUGCAAGUUGUUCGGGUUUACCUUUGUCUUCGGAUCAAGCAACUGUUCCUGCAUCAGGGACGCCCUCAAUGCCUGCCGCGUCAUAUAUAAGCCAGUCCCCGGGACGAUCUCCAGCCCUCAUUACAGAAUACGCACCAGAACAGCUGUCUGCCCUUCGAACGAGUACCAUGCCGGCUCCUCCUCAGAUGCGCGAACCGCACUUGAAGCAGCCAAGCCAGGAGAGCCGCAAAGAUUCGGCCAAGCGGGCCGUUCAGGACGAUCACCUGCUCUCCGCUCCGAAAAGACAGAAGCAGUGCCCAAUGGCACCUCUGCGACUCGAAGGCAUGGCCUUGCUAAACCAAGAGAUCAAUGUCAUCGCUAACCAGACACAAAUCCUUGUUGGUCAGAUUGCUUCCAAUUCGGCAGUGUCGGUAAGCAGUCAAGGGCACGCUGACCUUGGUCAUGGCAGAUUAUUUCCCGCUGGCAAUUUUGUGCCCCCAGCUUUGCGGCAAGCUGAAAUUCAGUGUAAUCCUCAGGUUUCUGUCUCGGAUCAGCCUGGUCAAGCAGGGCAGCAGCACUUGCCACCCCUGCAGCACGCCCCCGCUCAAGGAAUGACCCAUCUUCAUAGCAACCACCUGUACAUAAAGCAGCAGCAGCAGCAACAGGCAGGACAGCUGAGAGACAGGCAUCACCUGUACCAGCUCCAGCAUCACAUCCCUCAUACAGAGCCACCUCUCCACUCUCAAGCCCACAACGUCCACCAGCAAAGAGUCAUGCAUCAAGAGGCACAGAUGCAAAAGAAGAGGAACCUGAUCCAAGCAGCCCAGCCUACCCAACUUGGUUUGCAGCAAAAGCAUCACGGAAACGAGCAAGCACGGCAGAAGAGCAGCCAACCUCACGCCCACCACCCUCAGAUCCAGCAAAUGCAGCAGCACUUUGUGCCGUCCCAACCGGAGAAGAGUUGUGAGAAUCCCACAGGUAACAGGACUCAUCACAGCCAUCCUCAGAGCCAUUUGAACCCAGAUGUUCUGCACCAACAGCAGCAGCCGGAUGUGGGCAACAGGCAACCAGGCUCGGGAGUGUCUUCUGAACAUGUAGGGGGGCACGGUCAGAUGCAGAGGCUGAUGACCUCUAGGGCUUUGGAGCAGCAGAUGGUGUCGCAGCCCAGUAUUGUCACCAGGCCGUCAGAUAUGACUUGCGCUCCGCAUAGGCAAGAAAGAAACAGAGUUAGCAGUUACUCUGCAGAGGCACUGAUUGGGAAAUCCCCUUCUAAUUCCGAGCAGAGAAUAGGAAUAUCCAUUCAGAGCUCAAGGGUUCCAGACCAGCUUGAAAUGAGAAAUUACCUCGACGUGUCCAGGAAUAAAGGCUUGGCGAUUCAUAAUAUGCAAGGUCAUAUGUCUAUGGACCAUACUGUUGGGUCAGAAGUUCAAAGACUGUCUGAGUGCCAGACGUUCAAGCCAGGUGGGAGUACCCAGCAGCCUGGUGGCAACUUUGACGUGCAGUCCUCAAGGAACAGUGAUAUAGGUAAUGCAAUGCCGUCCCUCAGGGGUAUGCAGACGCAGGCUUUCCGAAUAGCUCAAAAUGCCGGAACGUCCAUAGAUAGGCAAAAAAGGUUAUCCUAUCCUCCAGUUCAAGGGAUAUCGACAGGCAAUCCUCUCUCCGCCUCCCGGGACAAUGACAGUACUUGCCACCAAAGCUUCAUGCAGAGUCUCCUUGCCCCUCACCUCGGAGAUCAAUCGGGUGGAAGCCAACGAUCAAUUUCGGAGCAUCAGAGAAAUCCACAGUGUGGUGCUUCUUCCAUCAUUGAAUAUAAUUGUCCUCCAGGAAGGGAGAACAUCCAUAUUCGAAGAGAUGGUGAAGGGCAGAAUAGGGAAAGCUGUGACAUGUCUCUUGGUCCUAUUAAUAACAGGAGCAAUUCUAUAAAUAUUCCCUUUUCGAGCUCUUCAUCUUCUGGAGAUAUUCAGGGUCGCAACACAAGCCCCAGCGUUUCGAUUCAAAAAACAAAUCCCAUGAGAAUGACAGAGAGCCACGGAGGCAAAGGUCCCAUGAAUACGCCCGUUUCAAGCAACGUGCAUGGAGUCGUCCGACCAGCCCUUCCCCACCCUCCAGUCUCUCGUGGGAGCGCUGAGCAAGUCCCACCAUCGGUUCGUCAACCGAAUUCUUCUGUCACACAGCGCUCAAGGCAUCCGCUGCAGGAUAAUGGCAGUUCUAAAAUCCGUCAACCAGAAAGGAAUCGGUCGGGGAAUCAGAGACAUGGGAACGCAUUUGACCCUAGCCUUCCCCAUCUUCCUUUGUCUGCCAGCAGCAGCAUGAUCCUCGGACGGCAGCAGCCUACCCUGGAGAAAAGAGGCGGCAUUGUGCGAUUCAUGUCUGAUGGCCCUCAGGUGUCUAAUGAUAGUGCUGCUCCGGAUCAGCACAGUUUGUCUCAAAAUUUUGGAUUCCCUUUUAUUCCAGAGGGCGGGAUGAACCCCCCAAUAAAUGCGAAUGCGUCAUUCAUUCCACCAGUGACUCAGCCCAGUGCUACUCGAACGCCAGCCCUGAUUCCAGUAGAUCCCCAAAAUACGUUGCCGUCCUUUUACCCGCCGUAUUCUCCUGCUCAUCCCCCGCUGUCUAAUGAUAUUUCGAUUCCUUAUUUUCCCAACCAAAUGUUUCCUAAUCCGGGCACGGAGAAGCCCAACGGUGGAGGUCUAAACAAUCGAUUUGGCUCUAUCUUGUCUCCUCCCAGGCCAGUUGGCUUUGCUCAGCCGAGUUUCCCUCUUUUGACAGACAUGGCCCCAAUGCACAUGGCCAAUUCAUCACACUUGUCCAACUUUAAUUUGACUUCUUUGUUCCCAGAGAUAGCUACAGCUCUUCCUCCAGACGGUUCAGCCAUCUCGCCUCUGCUCUCGAUAGCCAACACUUCUGCCUCUGAUUCUUCCAAACAACCAUCCAACCGUCCUGCUCAUAAUAUAAGCCAUAUUCUGGGUCACGACUGUAGCUCAGCUGUAUGAAAAGUAGUGGAC